CUCCCUGGGGACCCAUCCAGAGGGAAAGCAAUCAAAACAGGGCUUUCUGCAUAGCAUGGACCGGCAGUUGUGAUCUUGGAUUCGAUGCAGGCUGGUUUGAUGUGAGCAUUGCAGGCAGCGCCGGCGCACGGCCCGGUGCCCUCAGACUCCACCGGAUGGAGUUUGCUGACCGGGCCGGUUGCUGGAGUGGGAGGCGACCUGCACCCCGUCUUAUCUAAGUUAUCCCCUGUCUCUGGUUUGCUGAUAGCCUUGCUCGGUGGGGAUCAGAUUUCUUCCUUCAAAGUUCCAUGUCGACUUUUUGUCGGUGAAUCUCCGACCGGCAGUCCACACAAGCACGCUAUCUGGCUGAUCUCCCAUCCUGAUCCAAUCAGUUUCGCAGAACACUGAUCAAAUGCCAAGCUUUUGUUUAGUGGCAGAUUGUUGUAGGGAUCAUUUAUCUCCAUUGCGAUCAGUUUUGCGGAGAGGAUUCCAGAGUCAAUAUAUACCGAAUCAUGGGAAGCGUUGUACAGAAGCACGAAUGCCCCCUCAGUAUUUGUUGUUAUUUGCCACCGUGCAAGGACAGCUGCGAGUAAGUGCCUACGUCGAAUUUGACGCAGUACUGUCCCCAGCGUCAGCCUUAUCAUAUUACGACUCUGUCAUAUUAUCACAUCAUCGCUGGCGAUUUCGCCGAAGCUCGUCCGAUCGCUGGCCCGAAGCGAGAACUCUCUUUGAGUCUCGGGCUCCCUAUGCACCCAGGUGGGCAUACAGUCCUGCCUGUUUACCCAAAUUGGACACUGCGAAGCCCGGGCCCAUAUCGCCGCUGAAAUGCUUAAAACACCGGAAGCCAAUAGGAUUAGCAUGUCGCACAACAAUCCCAUCAGUAAAUAUAACCUUAUCUCAUGGUGUAAUGAUAAUUAGACCGUUUACUCAAUCUGGAGUCUGCCCGCUUUACAUGGGAUGCACUUGUAUCUCGUCUCACCCGUACAGGAACGCGAAACAAACCAAAGAUGACCUUUUGAAGAAUCCGAUAUCGACAGGCAUGACAGCAGCCAAGGAUUAAUUGUAUCGGAUGCCCAUCCGGAUUACUGUAUACAAAACAAUAAAGAAUGUGGCGGUGGCCCGAGUGUCA